CUCUGUUCAAAGUGAUUGGGAAAGUAGUGCGGCUGGUUGGCGGUCUGAUACAUUGCGCGGUGAGCAGUCGCAGCCUGGCCGACGCCGGGGUUCUGGCGAUGAUGCGGCUGAUGGAAGAGCUGCAGAUGGAGCGGGAGGGAGGAGGCCGAGCGGCCGGUGUUCAGCCUCGUUCUCUUUAGACGUUGAUGGAAUAACAUUCCCCACUUCAGUUUCCACCGAGGUGAAAAUGUUUUAAUAAUGCGUGUCCGCCUAACGCUGCAGGGUACAGGAAGCUUUAAGAAUCUUGGACAAUUUUCAUUUUUUUUGUGUUUCGUGAUAUUUGAUUAAGAGUUUGAAUGGAGUUUGUGGACGUGAUUUAUUUUUAUCCGACUCUGGUGUAAAUCUUGUGAAACCAUCUCCUCCAUCUUCUUGACUCCUCGAUUUCCAUUUCACGGAUCGUCACUGGGUGAAAUGCAGAAAGUCUCAAAGAUGUGCCACGUUUUUUGUUGUAUUAAAACAGGGAGCAGUUUUACGAUCCAGAAGAAAAAUAUCUGAACACAUUCCAACACAGAGCUAAGAAUAUUUUUGCCUAUGGAUUUCUUUUAAAACUGAACUUUGGGACAAUCCUGCCAAAAGUACGAAGCGGAAUUUCAUAUCUCAAGACUGGAUUUGAUGCUUAAAACGGUACUUUUAAAAACCACUUGUUCAGAACUACUGUUGAUCUCUUGUAUCCAAUAGCGUCCCUGCUAUUGGCUUCAAAAUCCGGUCGAGAUGACAAUGGCAAGCUUGUUCUCAUUCACCAGCCCAGCUGUGAAACGCCUACUAGGCUGGAAGCAAGGAGAUGAGGAAGAAAAGUGGGCAGAAAAAGCUGUUGAUGCACUAGUGAAAAAACUUAAGAAGAAAAAGGGAGCUAUGGAGGAGUUGGAGAAGGCAUUAAGCAGUCCAGGUCAGCCUAGUAAUUGUGUCACUAUUCCCCGCUCUCUAGAUGGUCGUCUUCAGGUAUCGCAUCGAAAGGGUCUACCGCAUGUAAUUUACUGCCGUGUGUGGCGUUGGCCGGAUCUUCAAAGUCAUCAUGAACUGAAACCACUCGAGUGUUGUGAAUUUCCAUUUGGCUCAAAGCAGAAAGAGGUCUGCAUUAAUCCAUACCACUACAAACGAGUAGAAAGUCCUGUUCUUCCUCCAGUGUUGGUUCCAAGGCACAGUGAAUUUAACCCACAACAUAGCCUACUUGCACAGUUUCGUAAUUUGGGACAUAAUGAUCCUCCUAUGCCACAAAAUGCUGCCUUUCCAGUUUCCUUUCAGCAACCAAACACCCACCCAUUCCCUAACUCUCCCAACAGAAGUUAUCCCAGCUCCCCAGGUAGCAGUACAUAUCCUCAUUCUCCAGCAAGCUCUGGACCAAGCAGCCCAUUUCAGAUGCCAGCUGAUACCCCUCCUCCUGCAUAUAUGCCUCCAGAUGAUCAGAUGACGCAAGAUGGUUCACAGCCCAUGGAUACGUCAAAUGUCCUUGUUCCUACACUACCACCAAAUAUAACCAAUAGAGCAGAUGUUCAACCGGUUGCUUAUGAAGAACCAAAACACUGGUGCUCCAUUGUCUAUUAUGAGCUGAAUAACCGUGUGGGAGAAGCUUUCCAAGCCUCCUCUACUAGUGUGUUAGUGGAUGGUUUUACUGAUCCUUCAAACAACAAGAAUAGAUUCUGCCUCGGGCUUUUGUCCAAUGUGAAUCGUAACUCGACUAUCGAAAAUACCAGGAGACACAUUGGCAAAGGUGUUCACCUUUAUUAUGUUGGAGGAGAGGUGUAUGCCGAAUGUCUGAGCGACAGUAGUAUUUUUGUACAAAGUCGAAACUGCAAUUAUCAUCAUGGCUUCCAUCCAACAACUGUUUGCAAGAUUCCCAGUGGAUGCAGUUUGAAGAUCUUCAACAAUCAGGAGUUCGCUCAGCUUUUGGCCCAGUCAGUCAAUCAUGGCUUUGAAGCAGUUUAUGAGCUUACCAAGAUGUGCACCAUACGCAUGAGUUUUGUAAAGGGUUGGGGUGCUGAGUAUCAUCGACAGGAUGUAACAAGUACCCCUUGCUGGAUAGAAAUCCAUCUACAUGGUCCUUUGCAGUGGCUGGAUAAAGUUCUCACCCAGAUGGGUUCCCCACAUAAUCCUAUCUCUUCUGUGUCAUAACAGUGCUUUAAUGCUGCUUCAUAGUGCUCAUAAAUCCUUGAGUGUUGAAUUUCUGGAGUUUAUAAUCACUUGAAGGACAAACAAAAUGGAUACACUCUGGACUGUCAUGGAUGGGAAUUGGAAGAUACUUGACGUUUUAUGACCAAUUGUUGGAGAAAGAUGAUCAGUCUUUUUAGUAUACUGCUGUUCUUGUGAAAGUGUUCAGUUUACACUGUAGUAUUCCAUUUCUACCUAAUCUGAAGAACUUGUAUAGAUUAUGGUUUUAGAAUAUGGAGGUGAAAGAUGACCAAGCGUAGAUAAUUCAUUUGAAUGUUACUGAUACUGUGUAUUUUAAGUACUAGUUUGUGGUCAAAAUAUAGAUAUAAAGUCAUUUUUCCAAGAUAGCACAAUUGCUGCACAGUUGGUAUGCUGAAGUUAAAGGUAUAUUGCACAAAUGAUGACUUACAAAACUUCUACACAUUAGGUCACUUGGCAUCUGAAGUACAAAUGUGGAAGUAGACAAAAUGAGCCCUGUGUGCAGCUUUGUCUUAACUUGAGUGCUGACAUUUUUUUUGUAAUCAAACACGAAUAGUGUCAAGUAACGGCUCAAUUCUAAGUGGAUUUCUAAGAUGUGUAUAAUUUUAUGUGUAUGUUGAGGUCUAAAAUAGUUACCUUUGUCCUCAUUUUCAAUUGGGAAGGGACUUUCAAUCUGACACUAGAAGGAAGUAGGUAAGGGGGCAAUAUGUCCUCUGCUGUGCAUUUGGUGAAUUCUGCAUUUUUAACUAUUACAUUUAAUGUGUACUUUGUUCAGUCUAUGAAGCUACUGUUCUCUUUCUUGUAGCCAAGCAUUAGUUUUGAAAUACUUUUUGGCACGCAAAACUUGCAGCAAGUAUAUGCUGCAUCAGCAGUUCUGACUCUUUGUUACCUUUGAUAUGUGCUAGUUUGUCUCUUUAAAGAGUGGUUUUGAAAUCAUUUCUGUAAAUCCUCUGACUAACUGAUUAGUCGUUACCAACAGGUUGGACAUUUGUAGGAUGAUAGAACUAGAUUCUUGUAUGUUUACUUCCAGCUGGAUUGGUUCAAGUUGGCUGGAUGUUUGCAGUACAUUGCAAAUUUUAGCUUCCCGAGUGGUUAAAUCAGCUUGUUUUAUAUUUUUAUUUGUUUCUAAUAGUGCUUGUUUCUUUUCUGCUGUAUAUGCACUUUUACACAUGACUUUGCUGUUGUGCUGUGGAAUUUGGAGCAACAUUUAUUCUGAGGAAAGCAAGUCUUCACUCAAACAUAUAAAUCUGUUUUGGCAUGAUUUUUAUAAUACCUAUUUCCUUUGACAUUUUUGUAAUAUAUUUGAGAAUUGCACCACAGCAAAGUCUGUAUGGUAAAAUAUCCCAAAAACUCUAUCUUUGUAGUCUUUAAAGACCCUGAAUUCAUUUGGUCCAUUUGUUUAAACUUGUUGUGUGGGGAUAAAAACCCUCAGGUUUUCCGAAACAAAAUUGUAAAUCACCACCCUGUUCAAAAUACUCUUAACCGGACAUAGGAGAAAUGAGAGGCCAGAGUGGGGAGAGAGCCAAUAAAACACAUUCAGAGGAUGGAUUUAUAUAGAAUUUUCACUGGUGCAUGCAAAUUUGGUUCAUAAUAGGAACAUUUUAAUACGUUGAUGAAAUUUCAUCAUCGUGACAUGCACAAAAUACAAUAAACUUGCAUAUGUUGUACCAGUUAAAAUUGGUUGAUGCCAUAAUAUUGUUCUAAUGAAAUAUAAACGCAUUGCAAAUGAAUGAAAACAUUUUAAAAGUUAUAUGAAAGCAACAGGAGGGCAGAAAUGAGGUGAUUGAAAAUAACUCUGUAGAACUCACAUGUUUUUUUUCCAAGUUUUUGUAUUUUUUCUUCUCUCUAAUUUUCAGCUGUUCUGCAUCCCAUAUGAAUGGAAGGCAGUCAGUUUAGAUGAUGCAACUCUCAAAACUUUCCAUAAAUGUCAUCAGUGAGAAGAUUCAACUUUAGCAAUAUUGUAGUGCUGAACAACUUUAAUUGGAUAUCUUUCAGCAUUCUUGUAGGCAUGAUAUAUGAUGACCCACUUAUGGUGUUCCUCUUUUCUUCCCCCAACCCAUAAGGGACUAGUCUGUAAUUUAAAAUCGCUAGAAAUCUAUAGACAUGUGAGGAAGAAAGCAAAAAUGUUUUACAGAAUUGACAUGUACAAAAUAAACCUUUUUAUUCAACAGAAAAAUUGGGAUAUUCUUGAGUACUGUGUAGUGCUGUUAUCAAGUUGCAUGAAAUGUUUCAAUAAAAAAUACUAUAAAUUA